AUGCCGCUCCGGACUCGCAUCAGGGUUUUGAGCCCUGGGGAAAAUGAUCUUUCUGAAACGAUUGAAGAAGACGAUAAUGAGAAGAAAUCUUCCGAUGUGGUAAAGGACGUAGACGCUGGAUGUGAUUCGGCGAUGAUGCCUUGCUGCAUUCACCCGGCUCUCUACGCUCCCUCAGUUCAAGCAAUUGACUACGCCCAGUGGAUAAGGAUGCAUACCGACCAGACGUGGAUGGUUCCAUUUUUUGGCUCGUAUCUGCUGCCGAUACCAUCCGUCCAACGGAUCAUAGCGCGGCCAGCCCAUCCACCGGCCGCCGUCAAGUGCCACCCGUUCACACCCGAUGAAGGCGACUUGAACAAAGCGUCCCCUGUUGAAAAUGCUGAUCCGUCGGCCAGGUGCUCAACGGACUUAUCAGUGGUGAAGAGGAUUGAGGCAAACGCUCGCGAACGCACCAGGGUACACACGAUCAGUGCCGCCUUCCAGAAACUACGCACUCUCGUUCCGGCCGCAUCCACCGGCCAACGGCUGUCUCGCCUGACCAUUCUGAGAAUCGCCUGUGAUUACAUAAUGCUACUGGGUGCCAUGAACGGCCUCGAUUACUCUGCUGACCAAAAGGGAGUCAGUAUCGACGAGGUCCGCCAGCGUUUGUUGCAGUUGAUUCAUGAGGAGUCGUAG